AUGAUAAGUCUGGAUAGACUUGUACCUGACGAUGUGUGGAUAUCCAUCCUCAGCCAACUCAACUUCUACGUGAACGCGCAUGCAAAAGAGCUCCGCUCGCACUUCGUCGCGCACGGAGGUAAGAAGCACCUCGUCGUCGUCGCGUUCGGCACGCGCUACACGGUCAACUUCGGGAGCCUCGCACGCCAGAUGACGCUCCACAUCCAGAACAGCGUUGUCGAUCCGACGCUCGUCGACUGGAUCCUGCCCGACUUUACGACGACGACGGUCAAGGACAAGACGAUCUGCGCAGUGCUCUUGAUGUCCUCGCUCGAGUCGUGCUUCCACUACGAGAUAAUGUGCAUAUGCGGCAUCCCCUCGGUCACGCUCGAGGGCGAGCGCGCAGACUGGCAGAAGCUCCUCGACAGGGUGACAUCCGACCGUCUGCCUGCUAUGGGGGCGGAGCCGGCGGCGUGGGCGCGCAUGCUCCAGCCGAUCCUGGAGCGCUUCGUCAAGGCGUUCGACGGAGAGCCGGAUGUGGAGUUCUGGGGGGACGUCGCCCAUGCGCACCCCAAGUUCUACGGGCCAGAAGAUAUGAGCGGGUGGAUCACAGCGUUCUCGGUGUGGAACUGUCAAGGGCGGUGGCAAGGGCGGCCAUUGGAGGAGGUCACGAACCCCAGAGAGGUUCCGGAUGCUGAGGAGAGGGAGAAGCUGUCACCCAGAGAGAAAGACAAACUCGAGCGACGCUACGUGCUGGACGGAAUCUCCUACCCCGCGCUCUCGCAGACGCAGAUGGCGGAAGGGUUUUGUGAGGUGGACGUACUGCUGGACGACAACGGGCAGCGGUUCGACUGUGUGAUGGUCGCAGGCCAUGUUGCCAUUGCAGUCUCGGGUUCAGCGGAGAGUCGGAGGGACACCCUGAGUCCGUCUCCUGAAUGGUUCAUCUACAUCAAGAAUGACAGGAUUGAUUUGUACUAG